ACAUUAAAGACAACAAAAGAAGCAAAAAAAAUCUAGACAAAGUAGUUGAUAACAUGAUAUGUGGUUCCUAUGUAACCAAAGCCUAUCAAGUGGACUUUUAUAGAUACUCCAACAGGACCAUAAACCUCAUCUCAACUAGAUUUUCUUCUUACUCCAUUUUUCUUCAUUCUUUCUUCUUGGAAAAACUUCUUUAAUUCUAUGGCUACUCUCACUAAUUUUUUGCUCAAACCAUCUCCUGAACUAGCUUCAAUUACCAAAAUUAGCCCUUCAUUUUACUGCAAUUUCCCAUCAAAUCAAUCUUUUGAGAAAUUGAAAACCUUCAAACCAAACAGGUCCUUAUUGAUUACAAAGGCAACAGCAGCACCUGAUGUGGAGAAAAAAGUGAACAAAGAUAAUGAAAGAGUACAAAAAAUUAGUAGUAUGGAGGAAUUGGAUGAAGCACUUAAAAAAGCUAAAAAUCGACUGGUUGUUGUGGAAUAUGCAGGCAAAGAUAGUGAACGUUCCAAAAAUAUUUAUCCUUUUAUGGUGAAUUUAAGUAAAACAUGUAACGACGUCGAUUUCUUGCUGGUGAUUGGAGAUGAAACGGAGAAGACAAAGGCACUCUGCCGGAGAGAAAAGAUUGACAAGGUACCACAUUUCACCUUCUACAAAAGCAUGGAAAAGAUCCACGAGGAAGAAGGCAUAGGCCCGGACCAACUAGCUGGCGAUGUGCUCUACUAUGGCGAUAGCCAUUCUGAAGUAGUGCAGCUCCACAGCAGAGAGGACGUUGAAAAGGUAAUCGAAGACCACAAGAUCGAUCAAAAACUAAUAGUCCUCGAUGUGGGAUUGAAGCAUUGUGGACCAUGUGUGAAAGUGUAUCCAACGGUUAUUAAGCUAUCGAGGCAGAUGUCUGAUUCAGUCGUGUUCGCGAGGAUGAAUGGUGAUGAGAAUGAUAGUUGUAUGCAGUUCUUGAAAGACAUGGAUGUAGUUGAAGUGCCUACAUUUUUGUUUAUAAGAGAUGGAGAGAUUAAGGGAAGGUAUGUUGGAUCAGGGAAAGGGGAACUUAUUGGAGAAAUUCUUAGAUACCAAGGAGUUAGGGUUACUUAUUAAAAUUGUUGGAAAAUGUUUAGUGUUUAUACUUAAUUGGGACAUUUGAUUUGUCAUGAGAUGAUUAUGGACUAGUUAAGUGUUUGUAAUACAAAAAUUAACCAACUUGGUUUGGUUGAGAAUUGAGAUGUAAGUUUUGGUAUGCUUAAGUUAUGAACUAUUUUACUAUUUUGAAUGAGAAUAAUGUUCUUAGUAA